AUGGAUAUUGUCAAACCAAUCACGACAGGUCGAGCAUGGCUUGUACAAAACAAAGAAGAUGGCAAACAGUUGGUCAUGAAAGAAAUCAAUAUAGCAAGAAUGGGGAAAAAAGAACGUGAAGAUGCAAGAAAAGAAGUCGCGGUCUUAGCUCAAAUGAAACAUCCUCAUAUUGUGUCGUAUGCAGAAUCAUUUGAAGACCCAAGUAGCUUGUAUAUAAUUAUGGAUUAUUGUGAUGGUGGCGAUUUACAUUCUCGAAUACAAACACAAAGAGGGGUACUUUUUUCUGAAGAUCAAAUAUUAGACUGGUUUGUUCAAAUAACGUUGGCAUUGAAGCAUGUUCACGAUAGAAAAGUAUUGCAUAGAGAUAUUAAAUCACAAAACGUAUUUUUGAUGAAAGAUGGCAGUUGUAAACUAGGUGACUUUGGAAUUUCAAAAGUAUUGAACACAACGAUGGAAUUGGCCAAAACUCAGAUUGGUACGCCAUAUUAUCUUAGCCCUGAAAUAUGUCAACAAAAACCUUACAAUAACAAGACGCCUCGACCGAAAGUGGUAACUCCCCGUCCGAGUGGAAUUCCCCCACAGAGACCAUCUUCAGCUAUGGCCGCUCCAGCAGGAAAAUCACCGUUAUAUGAUCCAGUCAAAGUUUACGGUAACCCUGUUGUCGUCAAGCGACCAAUUUCUGUUCAAAAUCACAUUAGAAAUUCACAAGAGAAGAAAGUUGUUGAAGUUAAUAAACAUUCCGUAUUGGACAAUGACAAAGAACUAGAAAUUGACAAACGUCGGCAACAACUAGCUCAACUUCAGAAAAGACGUGAUCUGCAACGCGAAGAGGCGCAAAACUUGGUUAAGAAACAACAAGAGCUUAUUGAGAAAGAUAAGGUUCGUUUUCGUUUGACAAUGUGGCACUAUCGUUAG